UCUCAUUCCCGGAAAACUUCAGCCUACAAACGGUGCACUUAUCGCUGUUCCUUUGAUAUGCUGAUGUGGAAAACGCGCUUUUUUCUAUUUCGGCUCCUGCCCAUACACGCAUCAUUUCUCUAACCAGUCCAUAGGUGAUGUUGACCACGUCGUCCUCAGCUAGAACCGAGUGCUUGAAAGUCCUGGUAGGCUAACUCUUCCAAUAUUCCUAAUCGGGUCUUGUUGGAAUUCAUACUCAUUCUUCAAGGUUUUUCUACUGAAGCGAAACACCACGGGAUUCGAACUAUAGCCACAGCACUUCAAACUCUGAUGAUUAACUACCCGUGUUCUUUAUCGCCUCCAUAGACCACCACCGUCACUCGUCUUCUCCGGGACCAGCUUCACACACUUCUCAUGACACAGGCAAUUGUCCAUUGUAUUAAUGUGCAAUCUUGACCCCUGCUUUUCUUCUCUUCCCCAAUUCCAGACGUCCAAAGUUCUCAGAGUAGUGAAUGCCGUAGCUGCUGCAUUCCGAGCCCAUUACAAAGAUCGCGGCUACACCGAGGUUUUUCCACCAACGUUCGUGCAAACGCAGGUCGAAGGUGGCGCAACAUUGUUUUCGUUAAAGUAUUUUGGCGAAGAAGCUUAUCUCACACAAUCUUCCCAACUGUAUCUUGAAACGUGCAUUCCUUCGCUGGGUGAUGUGUACUGCAUCAACAGAAGUUACCGUGCUGAACAGAGCCGAACUCGACGUCACCUGUCUGAAUACAACCACGUAGAGGCCGAAUGUCCUUUCAUUGAAUUCGAUGACCUACUGAACUCCAUAGAAGACUUGGUAGUUGACGUGGCCCAGCGGACACUGGACGCGGUGGGGAACUUGGUUUUGGAAAUAAACCCCAAUUUCACAGUCCCUGAAAAACCGUUCAUGCGAAUGCGAUAUGAGGAGGCCAUUCAGAGGUUGAGAAACCUGGGGCUUACCAAGGAAGAUCUCACUCCAUUCGAAUUCGGGGACGACAUACCAGAGGCACCGGAACGUCGUUUGGUUGAUAUAAUUGGUACGCCAAUCUUGUUGACGCAUUUUCCAGCCGGAAUGAAGGCUUUCUACAUGCGCAAAACCGCAAAGGAUCGUCGUCUGACUGAUUCCGUCGAUUUGCUUGUUCCCGGAGUGGGUGAGAUUGUGGGAGGAUCAAUGCGCAUGGAAAACCUCCCCGAGUUACUCGAGGGUUACAAAUCCGAGGGAAUCGACCCAACGCCGUACUACUGGUACACUGAUCAACGACGGUUUGGCACGUGUCCCCACGGUGGCUAUGGUCUCGGUUUCGAGCGCUUUUGCACAUGGAUCCUGGGCAAGCACCAUAUACGCGACGUCUGUCUGUAUCCACGGUUUACCCAUCGUUGUAAACCUUAACUGUUUACCGCCUGUUGAUGAUCUCGCUAUCGUCCCUCGGGUCCGUAUGUGCCAUCCACCCUACCUCACGUUUCAUGUGUUUUGUGUUGUCCACAACCACUCUCCACUCACACACCUUUACCGGGUUGGUACAACAAAUGCGUUUAUUCUAAUAAUAAAUCCCAUACUAGGCUUUGAG